AAAAAAGUCUGUUCGGAAAAAAGAAAAGAAAAAAAUGACCAUACGUAGGGGCUAUUUAUUUUUGCCUUUUUUAACUUCGUGCAAAUGCAAUAUCAGUCUUGCCAAAUCACAAUCACCGCUGCUAAGGAUUGCUGAGGCCUGAGCUUGAAGCCCGAACGGAGCAAGGCGGCGUGGUCAAGAGACGCUAAGGAAGUGGUUGAGUCCUUGCCUCAAGUGUUAUUAUGGAAACCGGGGACAGAACUGAGCUUCAAAGUUUUCUGAAAGUUCUUCCUCCUGUAGACUUCUGCUGUGUCUAUGGUUCAGCUCUACAUCCAAAUAAUCGUGAAAAGUCAACUAUGGUAGAUUACAUUCUUGGUGUAUCAAAUCCCGAGCAAUGGCAUUCUCAGAAUCUAAAAAUGAACAAAAAUCACUAUGCUUCAUGGAUGGCACACCUUGGUGGGGCAAAACUGAUUACUGAAAUUGCAGAUGAAAUUGGGGUAGGAGUCCACUUUAAUCCUUUUGUUACUUGGAAUGAUAAGAUGUUCAAAUAUGGGGUUGUUCGGAUGCAUGAUUUGGUUCAAGAUGUACUGAAUUGGGAGAGGUUCUACUUGAGUGGUCGUUUACAAAAACCAGUUCAGAUACUUGUGGAUAAUCUGGAUAUAGAAAAUGUAAACUCUGCUAAUUUGAGGGCUGCAAUUUCUGCGGCCCUCCUCCUUUUGCCACCAAAAUUCACUGAGGAAGAUCUGUAUGCCAAAAUAUGCAGUCUCUCAUAUAUGGGUGAUUUGCGUAUGCUUUUUGCAGAGGACAGAAAUAAGGUGAAGAAGAUUGUACAAGGGCAGUUUGAUUUAUUCCAGUUAAACUAUAAGCCAUUUCUUGAAGAGUAUGAGGCUAAAGAGUUUCUGAGACUUGCAUCAUCUGGAAGUCACCAAAAAAAUAUUUCUCAGGAUUGUGGCUUAUCAGCAGCUCGCUCUCUUGUUAAUUCUCUUCCUCCAAUGGUCAGAAGCCAAAUGGGAAUGAAGCUAGGAGAGAAGAAGAAGCUUACUGAAUCUGGUCGAAUUGUAAGUGAGGUUUUGAUUGGCUCAAGAGAAGAGGCUGCAAAAUGCAUGCAAAAGGUUCUGAGGCGAACAGUCAUGGUUUCAAGUACAAGGCAGGCUAUCUCCGGUCUACUGACAGUUGGUGCUGUUACUGCUGUUAGAUAUCUUUCUAACAAAAUGUGCAAGGCUUGGAAAUCCUGGAGAUGAUACUUUAUACCCAUUUUUAUUUUUUUGAAACACAAUUUGCAACAAUGUACUAGUUUAGGCUAAACCAGAGUUACACUCGAACCUAAUCCUUUGGGUCUCUGGGCUUAACAUAAGAGUUAUGAUGAAGGAUGACGUUUUGGUCACUGUCAGCCUGAGAUCAUACACCAACACUCCACAUGGUCUUGCUUGGAUUGCUGAUCAACUUGUUUGCAAAAUAAGAGGUCUAUAAAUGUUAUACAAAUCCAAGAAUAGUUUCUGGUUGGUGGAAAAAGCAAGUUUUGUAUUGACAUUUAUGAUCUUUGAAUUUUCUCCUAAAUCAAUCAAGGAAGUAAUAAUUCAGUUUUGUCAUUGUU